AUGUCUUCGUUCGUUGCCGUCUUCUGCACCUCGUUCGUCCAAGCCCUUUGCAACAUUGUUUAUAUCCUUCGCCUUCCCUUCAUCAAGACCGCAGCUCUUUUCACAUCAUGGUUCAGGCCACCAGCUGAGGAUCCAUCGUUACCACUCCCAGCAACGGCCCCUCAUGAAGAGCAGACAAAGAAAGGUUCCCGCUUCCACAUCUGGCCCUUUACCGUCAAGGGCAAGUCCGAAAGGCCGUCAACCUCGUUCAGCAGCCUCUCCCAUAGUGCGCACACACCAAGGCGGCCCCGGCUAUUUGGCCUUGGCAGCAAAUGCGAGGGCAAGUUUGACAUCAUUCACUCUGAUGUGGAAAAGGGCUUGUCAGCCGAUCUUUUACCCUCGCCCAUCGAAGAUUACUCCCCGGUCCACAACGGCACCUCUCCUGUAGAUCAUCCUAGGCUGCGCGACCCCGGUGACCAGCACCGAGUCAAGUACACCCGUUCUGCUCCUUGCCUCCGCGUGCGCUCCGAUUUUGGAUCAGAAUCUUUCCCUCCUUCCCCUACUCUCUUCCUGGGCCGGUCCCCCACCGCGACAGCCUCCCCUAGUUCUUCGACCCCCACAUCUCCUUCCAUCCCAGCCUCUCCUAGCACCCCUGUAGUGAGGCGAUAUGCUCGCACUGCCCACCUCUUCCCUCUGGACGAACUUACGCCUAUCAAGCCCAAGGUGUCAAGUCGACGUUCCGACGCAGACCACCUAGACGAUGUUGACCGGCUCAUCAUCGAAAUGCAGCGUGAGCUUGCGCACAACGCAAAGAACACCAGGAAGUUCUCGGAUCAGGUCAGAGUGUCCCUCAUGGUUGUUGACGAUGAAGUAGUGAUCUAGCUGUAAUCAUUGUUGUUGGUCAUUUUCCUCUUCGUUUUCCUACG